AUUCAUGCCAUCUAUGUCAUUCCAAACGAUUUUCCACAUUACCAUGGAUGCAUGUAAUUAUUUUCUAUAAAUUCUGCAGGUCUCGGACAUAACUCUUCAAAUCUCUAUAACCCAUUGCUACCCCCUCUCUCUCUGUCUCUUUCUCUCACUCUGAUCUCUGCUAGCGUGUGCAUGGUGUGUUUUAAAGAAAAUAUGGCAGCUUUGAAGAUUUUUAGCGUAAUGCUUUUUGCUUUCAUUCUGCUUAAUGCAGAAGAAACAAAUGGUGCAUUAUCAGCAAGGACAUGGAGCGAUAUUUAUAAGGCUAACAGAAAUGGACCUUAUUUGGGGUUGGUGAUUCCAAACCUAUUUGAAAUGAAUCCUCUGCUUCAAUCUUCAAGCUUCACGUCUACUAAUUUAACAAUAGAGUUUGAUGUUCAUAUUAAUUAGGCAGGAGAUUUCGGUUUGGAACUGUUGGCGAGAAGAAAGUGAUCUUGGUCAUGACAGGACUUGGCAUGAUAAAUGCAGGGAUAACUACACAGCUUUUGUUGAGCCUUUUCAAGAUAGAGGGAGUAGUGCAUUACGGCAUAGCUGGAAAUGCGAACCCGUCCCUCAAUAUCGGAGAUGUGACCAUUCCUCAGUAUUGGUCGCAUGCCGGUCUUUGGAGUUGGCAGAGGUACGGGCAAGGGCCUGAAGAUGAGCUAGCCCUGGAAUCAAAUGGAGACUACACAAGGAAAUAUGGGUACUUAAAAUUUGCAAACUACACCGUAAAUGUCACACAUGGUAGCUCACACGACAACCUCUUGAACAAUAUUUGGUAUCAACCCGAGGAAGUAUUCCCCGUUGAUGGGACUCCUGAGGAGAGGCAGCAUGCCUUUUGGGUCGCCGUUGAUUCCCACUACUUCAAUAUCUCCAAAAAGCUUGAGGUUCUGAAACUAGAAGGUUGCAUUAACUCAACAACAUGUUUGUCGGAGACACCGAAAGUAACGACAGUGAAAAGAGGAACAAGUGCCAGCAUAUAUCUGGACAAUGCUGCAUACCGGAGCUUCAUAUACAACAAAUUCAAAGUAAGUCCGGUGGACAUGGAAAGUGCGUCCGUGGCACUCAUAUGUCUUGAACAAAAGGUGCCUUUCAUUAUAAUUAGGGCUCUCUCAGACUUGGCCGGUGGGGGCUCUGCCCAGUCAAAUGAGGCCAGCACUUUUACCUCUCUUGCCGCAAAUAAUUCAGUGAAGGUAGUUGUGGAAUUUAUCAAACUGUUGUAACCUUAAAUGUACCAGACCACCUGCCUCAUCUCGUUGAUCUUGUAUUUUUCUUUCUUUCUCUCUUUUUUUUU